GCCUCGGCAAUGGCAAGUGACAGAGCGUGAGGGAGAGACGGAAGUUUUCCUGCCGCAAGUUGUCAUUUUUCUGCUCUUUAUACGGCAUUAAAACCCGCCCCGCAGGAGUUUAUACUCCCAACCCGCGAGGGAGAUCUGAGAUUCGUCCAGGAAGAAGUGAAUCCGGGUCGGUGUCGAAGUGAAUUGAAGAGACGACAGAAGUUUUUGUCGGCGUUAACUAUGACGAACAGAGAGGAUGAAUACGACUAUCUGUUCAAAGUGGUGCUGAUCGGAGACUCCGGCGUGGGGAAGAGCAACCUGCUGUCCCGCUUCACCCGCAACGAGUUCAACCUGGAGAGCAAGAGCACCAUCGGGGUGGAGUUCGCCACGCGCAGCAUCCAGGUGGAGGGCAAGACCAUCAAGGCCCAGAUCUGGGACACGGCCGGGCAGGAGCGGUACCGGGCCAUCACGUCUGCGUACUACCGCGGGGCCGUCGGAGCUCUGCUGGUCUACGACAUCGCCAAGCACCUGACCUACGAAAACGCCGAGCGCUGGCUGAAGGAGCUGCAGGACCACGCCGACAGCAACAUCGUCAUCAUGCUGGUGGGCAACAAGAGCGACCUGCGCCACCUGAGGGCGGUGCCCACGGACGAGGCCAAGGGCUUCGCAGAGAAGCACGGCUUGUCUUUCCUGGAGACGUCAGCUCUGGACUCCUCUAACGUGGAGCUGGCUUUCCAGACCAUCCUCACCGCCAUCUACAACAUCGUGUCGCAGAGGCAGAUGUCCGGCCGCGCCGACUCCGACUUCUCGCCGGCCUCCAACGUGGUGCCCAUCAAGGUGGAACCCACGCAGAGCUCGUCCAAUAAGGGCGUCUGCUGCCAGAGCAACUGAGACUCCUCCUCCGACUCCUCCCCCUCCGACCCGGGAAGGACGGACGGACGGACGGAACGAAGAGGCCGGUAAAACCUGUCUGGUUUAGGAGAACCACAAAGAGGGGGACCAGGGAUCGGGGAGGGGAGGGGGGGGUCUGUAGGAAACAUCAUCAGAGCUAACUCACAAUCCAACAUCGAAAUCCCCCGGGUGAACCGUCGGUUCGUCCUCCCCGCGAACGCCGUAUUUUACAAGCUGAUAAACGCUUCCUCCUGGAUAUUAGGCAGUAAAAAAAAAAAAAGAAAAGAAAACAUUAAAAGGACUGAAUUACACUCGUCUGUCACCGCUGUCCUUCCUGGUUUUUCCACCGCGGCGGAAUAUUUGGAUGAUUACGUCCCUCGCUGUAUUUAUUGAACACUAGAUGAAUGUUCGUCCUGAGGGUUUGUUUGCCUUAGAUUUCCCUCCUUGAUUUAUCCUCCUUUUCCUUUCUUCUUUCCUCUUUCCUCCGAGUCCUUCGCUUCCCCCCCCCUUCGCUUGCAGCCGUAUAUCUGUGUUUAUUUUUUUUCCGGAGGAAAAGUUAGCGCCUGAUUCUUUUCCUAAGUGCUGGAAUCUGGUCGGUGUGUCAGUCGGGUCUCGGUCCGACGUCUCCGAGCGAUUUCCUCUUAGCUGUUCGCCUGGUUCGCCUUGUUCGCCUCGCUGGGAUGGAGGGAUGAUAUUUCAGAGGGAGGGGGGGGAACUCAGCCCUGCCGUCUCCGCUGCACCAGAGGAGGAACCACGUUUCCUGUAAAUCCUCCGCUGCCGCUCGUCUAACCGGAACAGCACCCCCCGUUCCCUCGCUUCACCUGUCUUUACUUCCUGUCAAAGGGGCGGGGCUCAUUAGUAUCUGAUAGUUUAACAGAGGAGGGAGCGCUUGAUUGAUUGAUUGAUUGCAUCCAGAGGUGGUGGGCUCUGACGGUGGCCGCCGUGCCGACGUUCCCGCGUCGCCACGACGACCCCCUGAUGGUUCCGCGGGUCUGAACCCGGGUGGUGAAGGUUGGGGAUUUUUAAACCUUUAUUCUAUUAUCUGUAUAUUUGGACUGCAUAUACAUAUAUAUAAAUAAAUCUCCUUUGUUAUA